AUGGAUAACGCAUCUGUAGAGACCUCUACCGCGGACUGGAGUCCAAAUGAACCACCACAGGUACUCGAUGUCGGGUUGACCCUCAAUGCUGUACUGAAGAUGAUCUUCUACAUUGUCGUGAUGAUUAUCGGGAUUUUGGGGAACGGCCUCAUUGUACGCGUGUUUUGGCCCAAACAAAAUAAGACAAGUACCCAAGUCCUGAUCAUGGGGCUGGCCGGGAUGGACCUCACUGUCUGCAUGAUGAGAGUCUACAACCUUACCGUCUACAUACUUGUUCUAGAAAACAAGAAGACACCUCCGGCGCUAGGCUACCUAGGAGCCAUAGCCUUGGUGAAUGUCUUCGCCUCUUCUGUGUUGACCGGCUUGAUUGCACUGGACCGGUACGACUGCGUGUGUCGGCCGAGAAACCGUUUGCUGAAUCGCUUCAGAGCCAAGAUGAUGAUUCUCAGUGCUUACGCUGGGGCGAUGCUCUUUGCUAGUCCGCGUAUACUUGAGGUUAUCUGGCUACCUUCUACACUCACGUUACAGCGAACUUUUCUAAUGUUUCAGUUUGUACUGUAUAUCUUGGUGCUUGGCGUCAUUUGCGUUUGCUACGGGAUGGUCUACCUGACCAUACGAAAGCAUGUGAAAGUAAAUGUUCUUCGUAAGCGUCCUGUACAACAUGAUUUCCCAGCCGCAACCUGCACUGAACACACUACGAUACCAGCCAUAGCAGUCAAGGUACCACUCUCGGUGCCCUUAAACAAUGAUGGUGUCCAACCUUCAACAUCACAACGACCAGAGAACGCCGACGAAACGAGCGGGAAACCAGCAGGUGUAGCCAACGAGUCCCUUAACCGAAAUGGCCAGCCAAUGACUGCAACUGAAGGUAACGUUAACUCAACCCAAACUAACCGCACACCUGGGAACGUGAAACCAAACAAACCCAAGGUCAAAGGUGAAACUGUUUCACUGCAACGUAAGACCACUAGAAUGAUGUUCGGGACCAGCGUUGUACUCCUGGUAACGUGGUUCCCGUACUGGCUGUAUGUAGCCUUAGUGUUGAGCCAGGUAUACGGUGCCCCAGUCCCCUUUUACGUCACGAAGACAGUGUAUUACUUGACUGUCUCUGUGUACAUUAAUAACAUUUUGAAUCCAUUAAUCUAUGGUGUUGCGAACAGACGAUUUCGCCAGGAUUGUCUUGUUGAAUUGAAGAAGAUGAGAAGGUGUUAA